AUGGCUACUGCAUUUUCCUACGCUCAAGCCGCCAAGGGUCAGGCGCCUGCCGCGACAUCGGCGGCCCAGCCCGUCGAGAACGUCAAGGACUCCGCGAGCUCGGCGAACGGCGAACAACCGACCGCUGAGCCCAACGCCGUCAAGACCGCCUCCGCCGAAGAGGACACUUCGAGAAAUACGACCCUCAAGGCCCAGUUGGCCGCCAAGCAGGAUUCAUCAUCCACACCUGCCGAGGCCACCAACAACACAUCUGCUGCUGCCUCCGUCACCGACUCUCGCCGCGAUGACGAGGACGCCGCCACCGAGAGCUCUGCCCGACGAAGCGACAAGAGCGUGAGGUCGGCAAGUGCAUCCACUCGCGUGACCGACGAAGCCGAGCCCAAGAAGGGCUCUAGGAAGCCAAGGAAGGGCAAGGCCGGGAAGGAGUCUAGCGAUGAGUCCAAGAAGGAGAAGGCUGCGGAGGAAGAGAAGGAGCAGCCCAAGAUCGAGUUGAUCGAGGCACCGCUCCCCUCAGUCAACAUCUGGACGCAAAGGAAAGAGACCCAGGCUGCAAAGACCACUGUGACGCUGCCCGCUCAUCCCGCUCCUGCUCAAUCCAAUACCAACACCACCGCCGCUGCCGAUGUUUGGCCCAACAGCCAGGAGUCCAAGAAGAAGAGCAAGACGGCCGAAGUCUCCGAGGCCACCAAUGGCGCCGUCAACGGCACCAAGUCUCAACGCAAGGUUGGCGACGACGCCGCUGCUAGAAGGAACGGCUCUCGCGGCUCCAGAUUGAUCGAGAGAGACAGCCGUACCACCGAGCUUCCCCCGCCUGUGAACGACGUCACCUCGUGGCCCACGCCCGAGACCGCAGUCAAGGAAACUGUCAAGGACGAGUCGCGCAAGCCUGGUGGUGAGAAGACUGACCGGCCGGACGCCGAGCCCCAGGAGGAGUCCGGCAAGGGGCGUGCCAAGAGCUGGAAGCCAUUGCCUUUUGUGCCAACCGUGGCGUUUUCCACUCCUAUUCCCUCAACAAGGGGCGCUCGUGGGGGACGAGGCGGUGCCCGUGGUGGCCGCGAUGCCACUUCUAGAGGAGGCCAUGGUGCCGCUGCCGCCGCUGCCGACAAGUCCUCUGCGGCCCCGUCCAAGAGCGGGGGUGAGGCUCGCGAGCGUGCCAGAGAUGCGAACGCCCCGGCCAGAACCAACUCGCAGCCUCCCGCCGUCAACAAGCGCGCCUCAAUGGACGUUGCCAAGGAGCAACGCAAGGCCCCUGCCCCUACUGGCGAGCGUGCUAAGGAGUCGCAGUCCACGACCGAUCAGGCAGGUCCUGUCCGAGGAGAAGGCCGCAGUGACAGAGGUCGCGGAAACUUCCGAGGUGGGCGUGGAAGCCAUCCCGGCAAUGCGCCCAUGCACGCUCAGCAGUCUUCGUACAUGGGCAACGGUAACUCGUUUGGCUCUCAAGGUCCUCCGCGUCAAUACGCCAGCCCUCCUCUGCACCAGGGCGGCAACUUCACCGCGUCGUACGGAGGUUCCCAGUCUCGGGGCGGUCGUGGUGGCCGCGGCCAGUCCAACGGUUCCGGAGCCUACCGUGGUGUUGGCGGCUCCAACGCUGGCCGCGCUCGUCAAGUACAGGCCAACAUGAACCAAGGCUCUUGGGACUAUCCGAUGCCUUUGACGCCGGCAACUUACGGAUGGUACGAACAGAUCAGGCAGAUUCUCAUUCCUCAAUUGGAGUACUACUUCUCCAUCGAGAACCUCGUCAAGGACGAAUUCCUCCGCAGGCAUAUGGACAGCCAGGGCUUCGUGCCCCUGGAAAUGGUGUUAAACUUCUCUAGAGUCCGCCACAUUGCCGACCCCACUGUACUCCGUGCCAUCACCGCCGAGUGUACUCAAUUGGACUUCGUGGUUGGAGACGACAAUAUUGAGCGGAUCCGCUCCCGCUCACACUGGCAGAAAUUCGUCUACCCCGCUAUGGAGCAACGAGCCGAGUCCGCACGGAAUGCGGGUCCUCAGUACUUCUGGACUCGCUCCCACCACGCCAUGUCCUCCACCUACGAGGGAAUGAUGGGCGAAUACGCUGUUAGCUCCCCGACCGGAUACCCCAAUGGCGGCGAGAACGGCUACAUGCCGUACGCUCACGAGGCUGUUGGCGGUCAGCCCAACGGCCAACUAUCCGCUCAAGUUCCCGCGUUCCAGCCCAGCACUUCUGCCGAGGGCUCCGCUGACGCAUCUGCCGACGCGGAAUCGAAGGCUCAGCCUAUCGUCAACGGCUCUGCCGAAGUCUCCGAGGCUGCGCCAAUGACGAACGGAAACCAUGCGCAGACCAACGAAGCCCUUCAGUCCUAG